AUGGCGACACCCGCGGAGCGGCGCGCGGAGAAGCAAGUUCCGCGGUGCAUUAAGUGCCGCGCGGCGGACUCGGCGGCACUGGUGAAUCAGACGGAGGCGUUGUGCGCGGCGUGUCUGCGCGGCGCGCUGCUGGGGAAGUUCAAGUCGGCCGUGAAUGGCGGCAAGCUCGUCGCGAAGGACGAUCACGUGCUGCUCGCCUUCUCGGGUGGCGCCGCCUCCAGGUGCGCGCUCGACUUUCUCCUCGCCAUACAGUCACCCCUCCUCCACUCGCAAGGAGCCGCGCCGCUCGGCGCGCAAGGGGCGGCAGCGAGGGGGCGCAUUCCGUUCCGCCUCUCCGUUGCCUACGUGGACGAGCGCGUGGCGGUGGGGAAUGAUCUUCUGCCACGUGGCACUGCUGACAGGCUGGCAUGCGAGUUGCGGGAGAUCGUGAGCGACGCUUGGGGAGAGCAUGGGGGAGCGGUUGUUGCACGCAUGGUGGUGCUUGUUGCACGCAUGGUGGUGCUUGUUGCACGCAUGGUGGUGCUUGUUGCACGCAUGGUGGUGCUUGUUGCACGCAUGGUGGUGCUUGUUGCACGCAUGGUGGUGCUUGUUGCACGCAUGGUGGUGCUUGUUGCACGCAUGGUGGUGCUUGUUGCACGCAUGGUGGUGCUUGUUGCACGCAUGGUGGUGCUUGUUGCACGCAUGGUGGUGCUUGUUGCACGCAUGGUGGUGCUUGUUGCACGCAUGGUGGUGCUUGUUGCACGCAUGGUGGUGCUUGUUGCACGCAUGGUGGUGCUUGUUGCACGCAUGGUGGUGCUUGUUGCACGCAUGGUGGUGCUUGUUGCACGCAUGGUGGUGCUUGUUGCACGCAUGGUGGUGCUUGUUGCACGCAUGGUGGUGCUUGUUGCACGCAUGGUGGUGCUUGUUGCACGCAUGGUGGUGCUUGUUGCACGCAUGGUGGUGCUUGUUGCACGCAUGGUGGUGCUUGUUGCACGCAUGGUGGUGCUUGUUGCACGCAUGGUGGUGCUUGUUGCACGCAUGGUGGUGCUUGUUGCACGCAUGGUGGUGCUUGUUGCACGCAUGGUGGUGCUUGUUGCACGCAUGGUGGUGCUUGUUGCACGCAUGGUGGUGCUUGUUGCACGCAUGGUGGUGCUUGUUGCACGCAUGGUGGUGCUUGUUGCACGCAUGGUGGUGCUUGUUGCACGCAUGGUGGUGCUUGUUGCACGCAUGGUGGUGCUUGUUGCACGCAUGGUGGUGCUUGUUGCACGCAUGGUGGUGCUUGUUGCACGCAUGGUGGUGCUUGUUGCACGCAUGGUGGUGCUUGUUGCACGCAUGGUGGUGCUUGUUGCACGCAUGGUGGUGCUUGUUGCACGCAUGGUGGUGCUUGUUGCACGCAUGGUGGUGCUUGUUGCACGCAUGGUGGUGCUUGUUGCACGCAUGGUGGUGCUUGUUGCACGCAUGGUGGUGCUUGUUGCACGCAUGGUGGUGCUUGUUGCACGCAUGGUGGUGCUUGUUGCACGCAUGGUGGUGCUUGUUGCACGCAUGGUGGUGCUUGUUGCACGCAUGGUGGUGCUUGUUGCACGCAUGGUGGUGCUUGUUGCACGCAUGGUGGUGCUUGUUGCACGCAUGGUGGUGCUUGUUGCACGCAUGGUGGUGCUUGUUGCACGCAUGGUGGUGCUUGUUGCACGCAUGGUGGUGCUUGUUGCACGCAUGGUGGUGCUUGUUGCACGCAUGGUGGUGCUUGUUGCACGCAUGGUGGUGCUUGUUGCACGCAUGGUGGUGCUUGUUGCACGCAUGGUGGUGCUUGUUGCACGCAUGGUGGUGCUUGUUGCACGCAUGGUGGUGCUUGUUGCACGCAUGGUGGUGCUUGUUGCACGCAUGGUGGUGCUUGUUGCACGCAUGGUGGUGCUUGUUGCACGCAUGGUGGUGCUUGUUGCACGCAUGGUGGUGCUUGUUGCACGCAUGGUGGUGCUUGGUGCACGCAUGGUGGUGCUUGUUGCACGCAUGGUGGUGCUUGUUGCACGCAUGGUGGUGCUUGUUGCACGCAUGGUGGUGCUUGUUGCACGCAUGGUGGUGCUUGGUGCACGCAUGGUGGUGCUUGGUGCACGCAUGGUGGUGCUUGUUGCACGCAUGGUGGUGCUUGUUGCACGCAUGGUGGUGCUUGUUGCACGCAUGGUGGUGCUUGGUGCACGCAUGGUGGUGCUUGGUGCACGCAUGGUGGUGCUUGUUGCACGCAUGGUGGUGCUUGUUGCACGCAUGGUGGUGCUUGUUGCACGCAUGGUGGUGCUUGUUGCACGCAUGGUGGUGCUUGUUGCACGCAUGGUGGUGCUUGUUGCACGCAUGGUGGUGCUUGUUGCACGCAUGGUGGUGCUUGUUGCACGCAUGGUGGUGCUUGUUGCACGCAUGGUGGUGCUUGUUGCACGCAUGGUGGUGCUUGUUGCACGCAUGGUGGUGCUUGUUGCACGCAUGGUGGUGCUUGUUGCACGCAUGGUGGUGCUUGUUGCACGCAUGGUGGUGCUUGUUGCACGCAUGGUGGUGCUUGGUGCACGCAUGGUGGUGCUUGGUGCACGCAUGGUGGUGCUUGUUGCACGCAUGGUGGUGCUUGUUGCACGCAUGGUGGUGCUUGUUGCACGCAUGGUGGUGCUUGUUGCACGCAUGGUGGUGCUUGGUGCACGCAUGGUGGUGCUUGUUGCACGCAUGGUGGUGCUUGUUGCACGCAUGGUGGUGCUUGUUGCACGCAUGGUGGUGCUUGGUGCACGCAUGGUGGUGCUUGUUGCACGCAUGGUGGUGCUUGUUGCACGCAUGGUGGUGCUUGUUGCACGCAUGGUGGUGCUUGUUGCACGCAUGGUGGUGCUUGGUGCACGCAUGGUGGUGCUUGUUGCACGCAUGGUGGUGCUUGUUGCACGCAUGGUGGUGCUUGUUGCACGCAUGGUGGUGCUUGGUGCACGCAUGGUGGUGCUUGUUGCACGCAUGGUGGUGCUUGUUGCACGCAUGGUGGUGCUUGUUGCACGCAUGGUGGUGCUUGUUGCACGCAUGGUGGUGCUUGGUGCACGCAUGGUGGUGCUUGUUGCACGCAUGGUGGUGCUUGUUGCACGCAUGGUGGUGCUUGUUGCACGCAUGGUGGUGCUUGUUGCACGCAUGGUGGUGCUUGUUGCACGCAUGGUGGUGCUUGUUGCACGCAUGGUGGUGCUUGUUGCACGCAUGGUGGUGCUUGUUGCACGCAUGGUGGUGCUUGUUGCACGCAUGGUGGUGCUUGUUGCACGCAUGGUGGUGCUUGUUGCACGCAUGGUGGUGCUUGGUGCACGCAUGGUGGUGCUUGUUGCACGCAUGGUGGUGCUUGUUGCACGCAUGGUGGUGCUUGUUGCACGCAUGGUGGUGCUUGUUGCACGCAUGGUGGUGCUUGUUGCACGCAUGGUGGUGCUUGUUGCACGCAUGGUGGUGCUUGUUGCACGCAUGGUGGUGCUUGUUGCACGCAUGGUGGUGCUUGUUGCACGCAUGGUGGUGCUUGUUGCACGCAUGGUGCAUGGUGGUGCUUGUUGCACGCAUGGUGGUGCUUGUUGCACGCAUGGUGGUGCUUGUUGCACGCAUGGUGGUGCUUGUUGCACGCAUGGUUGGGUGCUUGUUGCACGCAUGGUGGUGCUUGUUGCACGCAUGGUGGUGCUUGUUGCACGCAUGGUGGUGCUUGUUGCACGCAUGGUGGUGCUUGUUGCACGCAUGGUGGUGCUUGUUGCACGCAUGGUGGUGCUUUGUUGCACGCAUGGUGGUGCUUGUUGCACGCAUGGUGGUGCUUGUUGCACGCAUGGUGGUGCUUGUUGCACGCAUGGUGGUGCUUGUUGCACGCAUGGUGGUGCUUGUUGCACGCAUGGUGGUGCUUGUUGCACGCAUGGUGGUGCUUGUUGCACGCAUGGUGGUGCUUGUUGCACGCAUGGUGGUGCUUGUUGCACGCAUGGUGGUGCUUGUUGCACGCAUGGUGGUGCUUGUUGCACGCAUGGUGGUGCUUGUUGCACGCAUGGUGGUGCUUGUUGCACGCAUGGUGGUGCUUGUUGCACGCAUGGUGGUGCUUGUUGCACGCAUGGUGGUGCUUGUUGCACGCAUGGUGGUGCUUGUUGCACGCAUGGUGGUGCUUGUUGCACGCAUGGUGGUGCUUGUUGCACGCAUGGUGGUGCUUGUUGCACGCAUGGUGGUGCUUGUUGCACGCAUGGUGGUGCUUGUUGCACGCAUGGUGGUGCUUGUUGCACGCAUGGUGGUGCUUGUUGCACGCAUGGUGGUGCUUGUUGCACGCAUGGUGGUGCUUGUUGCACGCAUGGUGGUGCUUGUUGCACGCAUGGUGGUGCUUGUUGCACGCAUGGUGGUGCUUGUUGCACGCAUGGUGGUGUGGUGCUUGUUGCACGCAUGGUGGUGCUUGUUGCACGCAUGGUGGUGCUUGUUGCACGCAUGGUGGUGCUUGUUGCACGCAUGGUGGUGCUUGUUGCACGCAUGGUGGUGCUUGUUGCACGCAUGGUGGUGCUUGUUGCACGCAUGGUGGUGCUUGUUGCACGCAUGGUGGUGCUUGUUGCACGCAUGGUGGUGCUUGUUGCACGCAUGGUGGUGCUUGUUGCACGCAUGGUGGUGCUUGUUGCACGCAUGGUGGUGCUUGUUGCACGCAUGGUGGUGCUUGUUGCACGCAUGGUGGUGCUUGUUGCACGCAUGGUGGUGCUUGUUGCACGCAUGGUGGUGCUUGUUGCACGCAUGGUGGUGCUUGUUGCACGCAUGGUGGUGCUUGUUGCACGCAUGGUGGUGCUUGUUGCACGCAUGGUGGUGCUUGUUGCACGCAUGGUGGUGCUUGUUGCACGCAUGGUGGUGCUUGUUGCACGCAUGGUGGUGCUUGUUGCACGCAUGGUGGUGCUUGUUGCACGCAUGGUGGUGCUUGUUGCACGCAUGGUGGUGCUUGUUGCACGCAUGGUGGUGCUUGUUGCACGCAUGGUGGUGCUUGUUGCACGCAUGGUGGUGCUUGUUGCACGCAUGGUGGUGCUUGUUGCACGCAUGGUGGUGCUUGUUGCACGCAUGGUGGUGCUUGUUGCACGCAUGGUGGUGCUUGUUGCACGCAUGGUGGUGCUUGUUGCACGCAUGGUGGUGCUUGUUGCACGCAUGGUGGUGCUUGUUGCACGCAUGGUGGUGCUUGUUGCACGCAUGGUGGUGCUUGUUGCACGCAUGGUGGUGCUUGUUGCACGCAUGGUGGUGCUUGUUGCACGCAUGGUGGUGCUUGUUGCACGCAUGGUGGUGCUUGUUGCACGCAUGGUGGUGCUUGUUGCACGCAUGGUGGUGCUUGUUGCACGCAUGGUGGUGCUUGUUGCACGCAUGGUGGUGCUUGUUGCACGCAUGGUGGUGCUUGUUGCACGCAUGGUGGUGCUUGUUGCACGCAUGGUGGUGCUUGUUGCACGCAUGGUGGUGCUUGUUGCACGCAUGGUGGUGCUUGUUGCACGCAUGGUGGUGCUUGUUGCACGCAUGGUGGUGCUUGUUGCACGCAUGGUGGUGCUUGUUGCACGCAUGGUGGUGCUUGUUGCACGCAUGGUGGUGCUUGUUGCACGCAUGGUGGUGCUUGUUGCACGCAUGGUGGUGCUUGUUGCACGCAUGGUGGUGCUUGUUGCACGCAUGGUGGUGCUUGUUGCACGCAUGGUGGUGCUUGUUGCACGCAUGGUGGUGCUUGUUGCACGCAUGGUGGUGCUUGUUGCACGCAUGGUGGUGCUUGUUGCACGCAUGGUGGUGCUUGUUGCACGCAUGGUGGUGCUUGUUGCACGCAUGGUGGUGCUUGUUUGCACGCAUGGUGGUGCUUGUUGCACGCAUGGUGGUGCUUGUUGCAUUGCACGCAUGGUGGUGCUUGUUGCACGCAUGGUGGUGCUUGUUGCACGCAUGGUGGUGCUUGUUGCACGCAUGGUGGUGCUUGUUGCACGCAUGGUGGUGCUUGUUGCACGCAUGGUGGUGCUUGUUGCACGCAUGGUGGUGCUUGUUGCACGCAUGGUGGUGCUUGUUGCACGCAUGGUGGUGCUUGUUGCACGCAUGGUGGUGCUUGUUGCACGCAUGGUGGUGCUUGUUGCACGCAUGGUGGUGCUUGUUGCACGCAUGGUGGUGCUUGUUGCACGCAUGGUGGUGCUUGUUGCACGCAUGGUGGUGCUUGUUGCACGCAUGGUGGUGCUUGUUGCACGCAUGGUGGUGCUUGUUGCACGCAUGGUGGUGCUUGUUGCACGCAUGGUGGUGCUUGUUGCACGCAUGGUGGUGCUUGUUGCACGCAUGGUGGUGCUUGUUGCACGCAUGGUGGUGCUUGUUGCACGCAUGGUGGUGCUUGUUGCACGCAUGGUGGUGCUUGUUGCACGCAUGGUGGUGCUUGUUGCACGCAUGGUGGUGCUUGUUGCACGCAUGGUGGUGCUUGUUGCACGCAUGGUGGUGCUUGUUGCACGCAUGGUGGUGCUUGUUGCACGCAUGGUGGUGCUUGUUGCACGCAUGGUGGUGCUUGUUGCACGCAUGGUGGUGCUUGUUGCACGCAUGGUGGUGCUUGUUGCACGCAUGGUGGUGCUUGUUGCACGCAUGGUGGUGCUUGUUGCACGCAUGGUGGUGCUUGUUGCACGCAUGCGCAUGGUGGUGCUUGUUGCACGCAUGGUGGUGCUUGUUGCACGCAUGGUGGUGCUUGUUGCACGCAUGGUGGUGCUUGUUGCACGCAUGGUGGUGCUUGUUGCACGCAUGGUGGUGCCUUGUUGCACGCAUGGUGGUGCUUGUUGCACGCAUGGUGGUGCUUGUUGCACGCAUGGUGGUGCUUGUUGCACGCAUGGUGGGUGCUUGUUGCACGCAUGGUGGCUGUUGCACGCAUGGGGUGCUUGUGCACGCAUGGUGGUGCUUGUUGCACGCAUGGUGGUGCUUGUUGCACGCAUGGUGGUGCUUGUUGCACGCAUGGUGGUGCUUGUUGCACGCAUGGUGGUGCUUGUUGCACGCAUGGUGGUGCUUGUUGCACGCCAUGGUGGUGCUUGUUGCACGCAUGGUGGUGCUUGUUGCACGCAUGGUGGUGCUUGUUGCACGCAUGGUGGUGCUUGUUGCACGCAUGGUGGUGCUUGUUGCACGCAUGGUGGUGCUUGUUGCACGCAUGGUGGUGCUUGUUGCACGCAUGGUGGUGCUUGUUGCACGCAUGGUGGUGCUUGUUGCACGCAUGGUGGUGCUUGUUGCACGCAUGGUGGUGCUUGUUGCACGCAUGGUGGUGCUUGUUGCACGCAUGGUGGUGCUUGUUGCACGCAUGGUGGUGCUUGUUGCACGCAUGGUGGUGCUUGUUGCACGCAUGGUGGUGCUUGUUGCACGCAUGGUGGUGCUUGUUGCACGCAUGGUGGUGCUUGUUGCACGCAUGGUGGUGCUUGUUGCACGCAUGGUGGUGCUUGUUGCACGCAUGGUGGUGCUUGUUGCACGCAUGGUGGUGCUUGUUGCACGCAUGGUGGUGCUUGUUGCACGCAUGGUGGUGCUUGUUGCACGCAUGGUGGUGCUUGUUGCACGCAUGGUGGUGCUUGUUGCACGCAUGGUGGUGCUUGUUGCACGCAUGGUGCAUGGUGGUGCUUGUUGCACGCAUGGUGGUGCUUGUUGCACGCAUGGUGGUGCUUGUUGCACGCAUGGUGGUGCUUGUUGCACGCAUGGUGGUGCUUGUUGCACGCAUGGUGGUGCUUGUUGCACGCAUGGUGGUGCUUGUUGCACGCAUGGUGGUGCUUGUUGCACGCAUGGUGGUGCUUGUUGCACGGCAUCUCUCAUGGUGGUGCUUGUUGCACGCAUGGUGGUGCUUGUUGCACGCAUGGUGGUGCUUGUUGCACGCAUGGUGGUGCUUGUUGCACGCAUGGUGGUGCUUGUUGCACGCAUGGUGGUGCUUGUUGCACGCAUGGUGGUGCUUGUUGCACGCAUGGUGGUGCUUGUUGCACGCAUGGUGGUGCUUGUUGCACGCAUGGUGGUGCUUGUUGCACGCAUGGUGGUGCUUGUUGCACGCAUGGUGGUGCUUGUUGCACGCAUGGUGGUGCUUGUUGCACGCAUGGUGGUGCUUGUUGCACGCAUGGUGGUGCUUGUUGCACGCAUGGUGGUGCUUGUUGCACGCAUGGUGGUGCUUGUUGCACGCAUGGUGGUGCUUGUUGCACGCAUGGUGGUGCUUGUUGCACGCAUGGUGGUGCUUGUUGCACGCAUGGUGGUGCUUGUUGCACGCAUGGUGGUGCUUGUUGCACGCAUGGUGGUGCUUGUUGCACGCAUGGUGGUGCUUGUUGCACGCAUGGUGGUGCUUGUUGCACGCAUGGUGGUGCUUGUUGCACGCAUGGUGGUGCUUGUUGCACGCAUGGUGGUGCUUGUUGCACGCAUGGUGGUGCUUGUUGCACGCAUGGUGGUGCUUGUUGCACGCAUGGUGGUGCUUGUUGCACGCAUGGUGGUGCUUGUUGCACGCAUGGUGGUGCUUGUUGCACGCAUGGUGGUGCUUGUUGCACGCAUGGUGGUGCUUGUUGCACGCAUGGUGGUGCUUGUUGCACGCAUGGUGGUGCUUGUUGCACGCAUGGUGGUGCUUGUUGCACGCAUGGUGGUGCUUGUUGCACGCAUGGUGGUGCUUGUUGCACGCAUGGUGGUGCUUGUUGCACGCAUGGUGGUGCUUGUUGCACGCAUGGUGGUGCUUGUUGCACGCAUGGUGGUGCUUGUUGCACGCAUGGUGGUGCUUGUUGCACGCAUGGUGGUGCUUGUUGCACGCAUGGUGGUGCUUGUUGCACGCAUGGUGGUGCUUGUUGCACGCAUGGUGGUGCUUGUUGCACGCAUGGUGGUGCUUGUUGCACGCAUGGUGGUGCUUGUUGCACGCAUGGUGGUGCUUGUUGCACGCAUGGUGGUGCUUGUUGCACGCAUGGUGGUGCUUGUUGCACGCAUGGUGGUGCUUGUUGCACGCAUGGUGGUGCUUGUUGCACGCAUGGUGGUGCUUGUUGCACGCAUGGUGGGUGCUUGUUGCACGCAUGGUGGUGCUUGUUGCACGCAUGGUGGUGCUUGUUGCACGCAUGGUGGUGCUUGUUGCACGCAUGGUGGUGCUUGUUGCACGCAUGGUGGUGCUUGUUGCACGCAUGGUGGUGCUUGUUGCACGCAUGGUGGUGCUUGUUGCACGCAUGGUGGUGCUUGUUGCACGCAUGGUGGUGCUUGUUGCACGCAUGGUGGUGCUUGUUGCACGCAUGGUGGUGCUUGUUGCACGCAUGGUGGUGCUUUGUUGCACGCAUGGUGGUGCUUGUUGCACGCAUGGUGGUGCUUGUUGCACGCAUGGUGGUGCUUGUUGCACGCAUGGUGGUGCUUGUUGCACGCAUGGUGGUGCUUGUUGCACGCAUGGUGGUGCUUGUUGCACGCAUGGUGGUGCUUGUUGCACGCAUGGUGGUGCUUGUUGCACGCAUGGUGGUGCUUGUUGCACGCGUGGUGGUGCUUGUUGCACGCGUGGUGGUGCUUGUUGCACGCGUGGUGGUGCUUGUUGCACGCGUGGUGGUGCUUGUUGCACGCGUGGUGGUGCUUGUUGCACGCGUGGUGGUGCUUGUUGCACGCGUGGUGGUGCUUGUUGCACGCGUGGUGGUGCUUGUUGCACGCGUGGUGGUGCUUGUUGCACGCGUGGUGGUGCUUGUUGCACGCGUGGUGGUGCUUGUUGCACGCGUGGUGGUGCUUGUUGCACGCGUGGUGGUGCUUGUUGCACGCGUGGUGGUGCUUGUUGCACGCGUGGUGGUGCUUGUUGCACGCGUGGUGGUGCUUGUUGCACGCGUGGUGGUGCUUGUUGCACGCGUGGUGGUGCUUGUUGCACGCGUGGUGGUGCUUGUUGCACGCGUGGUGGUGCUUGUUGCACGCGUGGUGGUGCUUGUUGCACGCGUGGUGGUGCUUGUUGCACGCGUGGUGGUGCUUGUUGCACGCGUGGUGGUGCUUGUUGCACGCGUGGUGGUGCUUGUUGCACGCGUGGUGGUGCUUGUUGCACGCGUGGUGGUGCUUGUUGCACGCGUGGUGGUGCUUGUUGCACGCGUGGUGGUGCUUGUUGCACGCGUGGUGGUGCUUGUUGCACGCGUGGUGGUGCUUGUUGCACGCGUGGUGGUGCUUGUUGCACGCGUGGUGGUGCUUGUUGCACGCGUGGUGGUGCUUGUUGCACGCGUGGUGGUGCUUGUUGCACGCGUGGUGGUGCUUGUUGCACGCGUGGUGGUGCUUGUUGCACGCGUGGUGGUGCUUGUUGCACGCGUGGUGGUGCUUGUUGCACGCGUGGUGGUGCUUGUUGCACGCGUGGUGGUGCUUGUUGCACGCGUGGUGGUGCUUGUUGCACGCGUGGUGGUGCUUGUUGCACGCGUGGUGGUGCUUGUUGCACGCGUGGUGGUGCUUGUUGCACGCGUGGUGGUGCUUGUUGCACGCGUGGUGGUGCUUGUUGCACGCGUGGUGGUGCUUGUUGCACGCGUGGUGGUGCUUGUUGCACGCGUGGUGGUGCUUGUUGCACGCGUGGUGGUGCUUGUUGCACGCGUGGUGGUGCUUGUUGCACGCGUGGUGGUGCUUGUUGCACGCGUGGUGGUGCUUGUUGCACGCGUGGUGGUGCUUGUUGCACGCGUGGUGGUGCUUGUUGCACGCGUGGUGGUGCUUGUUGCACGCGUGGUGGUGCUUGUUGCACGCGUGGUGGUGCUUGUUGCACGCGUGGUGGUGCUUGUUGCACGCGUGGUGGUGCUUGUUGCACGCGUGGUGGUGCUUGUUGCACGCGUGGUGGUGCUUGUUGCACGCGUGGUGGUGCUUGUUGCACGCGUGGUGGUGCUUGUUGCACGCGUGGUGGUGCUUGUUGCACGCGUGGUGGUGCUUGUUGCACGCGUGGUGGUGCUUGUUGCACGCGUGGUGGUGCUUGUUGCACGCGUGGUGGUGCUUGUUGCACGCGUGGUGGUGCUUGUUGCACGCGUGGUGGUGCUUGUUGCACGCGUGGUGGUGCUUGUUGCACGCGUGGUGGUGCUUGUUGCACGCGUGGUGGUGCUUGUUGCACGCGUGGUGGUGCUUGUUGCACGCGUGGUGGUGCUUGUUGCACGCGUGGUGGUGCUUGUUGCACGCGUGGUGGUGCUUGUUGCACGCGUGGUGGUGCUUGUUGCACGCGUGGUGGUGCUUGUUGCACGCGUGGUGGUGCUUGUUGCACGCGUGGUGGUGCUUGUUGCACGCGUGGUGGUGCUUGUUGCACGCGUGGUGGUGCUUGUUGCACGCGUGGUGGUGCUUGUUGCACGCGUGGUGGUGCUUGUUGCACGCGUGGUGGUGCUUGUUGCACGCGUGGUGGUGCUUGUUGCACGCGUGGUGGUGCUUGUUGCACGCGUGGUGGUGCUUGUUGCACGCGUGGUGGUGCUUGUUGCACGCGUGGUGGUGCUUGUUGCACGCGUGGUGGUGCUUGUUGCACGCGUGGUGGUGCUUGUUGCACGCGUGGUGGUGCUUGUUGCACGCGUGGUGGUGUGUGUUGCAUGCAUGGUGGUGCUUCUGGCGCAGCGGCUGCAGUGCAGCAAGGUGGUGGUGGGAAGCACGGCCACUCGCCUGGCAGCGCAUGUCAUCGCCGCCACCGCCAAGGCACAGGGCUUUGCGCUACCAGCGGACCUGGCAGUGUGGGACGCAAGGAGGGGCGUGCCGGUGCUGCGGCCGCUGCGCGACUGCUCUCUGCGCGACCUCGCCCUGCUCGCGCACCUCUCCCGCCUCCGCACUGCCUUCAACCCCUCCCUCGCCACUCCUGCCUCCCUCGCCACUCGUGCCUCCCUGCGGCGAGGAGCAGGGAGCGGGGCCACAGGGGGGGCGGGGAGCAUCAAUGCGCUGGCGGCAUCGUUCCUGGAGGGGCUGCAGAGGGAGAGCAGCGGGCGGCAGUUCACUCCGCCGCCCCUGCCCCGCCCCUACACUCCUCAUCCACCCCUCUCUGCUGCAGCUGCCGCUGGGGCGUGGCGUUUCUGGCACGGGGGAGGGCGGGCAGUGCGAGCUAUGCUCAGUGGCUCAGGCAGUGCGAGAGGUGAGCGGGCGAGGAGAACGAGUCCCGACAUGGUUCCUCCUUGGCGCCCUGCCUCCUCUUGCCUUGCAACCUCUUCCGCAUGCUCACUCAUGUUCUUUUGA